AUGUAAAAUAAAAACGGAACAUAUACAAAGUCAAAAUAUAGUUCAUCAAUGAGUGUAUAAAGUGUGGAUAAUAGAGUGAGAUACUCUUAAGCUCCAGAGGAAUUGGGAAAGAGGGCAAGAUUACCACUAGAUAUAACAGUGUUUGUAAUGGCAGUAGAAGUAGAAAGAUUGUAAAGAGAAAAUAGUUAACUGAAAUCAGAGCUACAAUAAAAUAGUGAUAGUAAUUUGGAUAGAGUAUAAUAUGAGAGUUAAAUAAGAGAUUUAAUGGAUAAGAUAAGAGUGUAAAACAAGUAAUAAAUUAUAGUUAUUUAUAGUUCUUAGAGUACUUUAUUGAUUGAUAUCGAGAAACUAUAAAGAUAAGUAUAAGAUUUAGAAGAUUAACUUAGAAGAUAAUAGUAAUCAUAAAAAGAAUUUGAUCCAAAUUGGAGAACAAAAUUAAGUCAAGCUGAGCUAUAAUUGGCAGCAUUUUAGAAGUAACUGAACUAAUAAGUGAAUCUAUUUGGUGGUUAAAGUGCAGAUUAAGUAAUGAGAGAGUUGGAAGAAUUAAGAAGAAAGAAAUUACAAUUUGAUGAUUUAUCAAGAUAAAUGAAUGGAAGGAAUGUUAGUAAUAUAAGUAAAUUAAAAUAGAUGAAUUAUUGAGAGAAAUGGAUGAUUUAAGAAGAAAAUAGAUGUCAGUUGAAGAUACUAGUGUUUUAAGAUAGUAAUUAAUUUAAUCUUAAAAUCGUGUAAGAUAAUUAGAGUAAAAAUUAACAGAGAUGGAUUCUUAUGUAUCAACAAUAGAAUCUGAUUUAAAUCGAUUUGAAUCAGAAAAUAAAAGAUUAACAAUAAGUAUGUCUUCAAAGAUCUAAACUGAGAAUAAUGAAGCAGUUUUAUUAAGAAACGAAAUAACUAAACUUAAUAAUGAAAUAAGUAAAUUAUGGUCAGACAAUGAAACUCUUGUUCUUGAAAUAGAUUCUUUAUAAAUGAAAAUUCGAACUUUGAGUGAAGAUGAAUUAAGGAGAUUAAGAAAUGAAUUAAAUAGACUUUAAGAGUAAAAUAAUUAAUUGGAAUCUUAAAUUAUACGUUUAUAAUCUUAGAAUUAAUCAUUAAUGUCAGAAAUAUCUUAACUUAAUAUGACUAUUGAAUAAAAUUAAUAUGCAAUUAGUGAUGCAAAUAAAUAGAAAUAUAUCUUCGAUGAAUACAAGGAGAAAAUAAGACAAUUCGAAUUAAAAUUUUAAGAACUUUAAUUACAAAAUGAAAGAUUAAGAUAAUAAGAUCAUAAAGUUGCUGUUUUAACAACAGAAAUAGAACGAUUAAAUAAUUUAAUAAAAUAAUUAAAUACAGAUACUGAUGAAUGGAAAUAAAAGUAUUAACGAAUAGAAUUAGCUUUAAUGGAUUAUAGAUAAAUCGAAAAAACUAAUAGAGAUGCUGCUUCUAAGAGUGAACUACUUUUAGAUGAAAUAGAAAGAUUAAAGAAAAUCUUAGAAUAAAAAUAAUUUGAUAUGGAUAAAUUAAUAAGAUAAUAUGAUGUUAUCUAAUCUUAAAUUAGUACUUAUUAAAUUAAUGCCAAUUCUCAUGUAAGUAGAAUCUAAGAAUAUGAAUCAUCUCAAAGAGAAACUAGUGUUAUUGUGUAAGAUAAUGAAAGAUUAAAGAGAUAACUUUAAUAGUAUUAAUAAUCGAUAUCUGUUCUGUAAACAUAAGUUUAGGAAUAAACUUAAAAGAAUUAACAACUUAUAACUUAACAACAAUAAAUUUAUUCGAUGAAUAAUAAUAAUGGAGAAAUAGAUAAAUUAAAAAGAUAAAUUCAUGAAUAUGAAAAUAAGAUCGCAAUGUUAUCUCUAGAACUUUCACGAAUUAGAACCUCUAAAUAGAAUACUAAUUAAUUUGAUAAAUCUGAUAAAGUAAUGGAACUCUUAUCUAUAAUUGUUAUGAUGUCUGCUGAACUUGAUAAUCUUAGAGGAAUUACAUACGAAAAAAGUACUGUGUAAUCAUAAAGAUUAUAAGACAAUACUUCUUAAUCAGUCCGUUCUCAAUCAAUAAAUAAUUAAUAGGCUAAUUAUUCAUACAGUAGUUGGAAACAGAAAUGA